UAUCAUUAUUUUAAUGUAGUGCAUGCAAACUUUUUCGAUUGCAAAAAUGUGCAUUUGUGUGCGAUAUUUUCCAAUCAUUAUUCACUUUACACUGAGUCACGUUACCGCUGAAAAUAAUGGAGCGUGUUUGGCGUCAAUUCCUACUAUAUCUCAUGUUUCUCAUUGUCCACUUACCAUUGAGAAAUGGAAUGAGAGAGCGAGUAAAAAACGGUGUCAGGAUAUUCCACAACACUGUUCAGAGGACUUUUCUUAUCACUGUGUUAUAAAUUCGUUCCGGAAUGCAACCAUCGAGGUGUGUGCAAAACCAAGACAAAUUGCAGGCGGAUGUGCAGAGUUUAACUAUGGACGGGGAAGUAUUCAAAUACAUCAAGCUUAUCAGUGUAAAACAUGUCUCGGGAAAGUCUACAAUUCUACAAAUGCCUACAAAUACAAAGAAUGCUAUGAGUUUCAAACGCAGGAGGUUAAUAUCAUCACUGAAAACAGUCAGCAAGGCAUUCGACCAUAUCUUGUAAAAGUUGACAACCUUGCCAAUUCGGACGAUCGUUCAGCCCAUUCAGACCAUAAGAUGCAGACCAUACUGCUGACGGUUAUGUGCGUAGUAAUUAGUUGAAUACUUUUAAUACUCAUCAUGGGUGUGAUUUUUGUGUCUCCGAGGAAUUGUUCAUGUCAACGCAU